UAGAGAAAGCGCACGUUACCGCGUGCUAUCUCUUUCUCAGUGAUGACCUGGUGAUACUUUUGUCCAAGCGCGUUACGAUUGGAACAAAGAAGAAGAAAAAAAGAUUUUGUUAUGACAGCAUCCAUUUGAAACUUGUGGCGAAGAAUUUCUGUUCGCAAGUAAUUUGAAAGAACGCAAUUACUGCCUGGAAAGAUGGUGGCCAAAGACAUUAGAAGACCGGUGCUUCUGGUACUGUUUGUUAGUUUUGCUUAUAUUUCUAACCGAAACUUAGGAAACGCUCGCUUCACUGAACGAAAGGGGAACUGGUGUUCGUACAAAGUCUCCAAGAUGGUGCCCUGUAAAGAGAGGAACGGUACAGAGACGUUUAUUGGUCGGAACUGGCAGCGUUGUUGGCAGUGGCCCUAUAACCGUAACUGUGGUGGCACCUAUCGUGUAAUGCGAAGGCCUAAGUAUAUCACGACUUAUAAAUCGGUUACUCAGACUGUAUGGAAGUGUUGCCCUGGUCACAGUGGGGACCACUGCGACAAUAAUUGCUACAACUGCUCAUCAUUCAAGACUCUUGAGCGAAGACUUCGACUCCUAGAAUCUCAAUUUUCCCGUGUUCGACGCUACAAGUCAUCCAGAGAUUCAGCAUCUGAAGACGACAGUGAUAGUUCUGAAGAAAUUGAACCCGCAUCUGGUCAUGGAAGGCAACCUGUAACAGUGCCUGGUCAUUCUGCCAAAGGAAAACUGUUUGAAGAAAGUCCUCAGAAGAGUCCUACAAGUGAUCCCGAAUAUGGGGUUUUUAGGCAAAACGUGGACACUCAGUCUUGUAACUGUCCACCUGGUCCACCAGGCGCAACAGGUUUUCCAGGACAGAAUGGAAGGCCAGGAAUAAAAGGCGAUUCUGGAGCUCCUGGCCAGAAUGGACUUCCAGGAAGAACUGGACCUCCAGGCCCUAGAGGCCCACCUGGACUUCCCGGGCCUCCAGGUGAUGUUUACGAAGGAGUAAGAAGAGGAGACACUAGAUUUUCAGAUUAUGAACAAGCUGAUAGACUGCGUGGUCCUCCAGGACCACCUGGCCUUCCUGGAGAACCAGGACUUCCCGGCUUGGAAGGGAAGGAAGGUCCGCCUGGAAAAGAUGGAAUUCCUGGAAUAUCUGCACCACCAGGACCCCAGGGCCCCCGUGGCCCUCAAGGUCCUCCUGGGCCACCAGGUCCAAGAGGAGAACCUGGACCAGUGGGACUGCCUGGACUACCAGGAGAGCCUGGUCUAGAAGGUCGCACUGGCCGUCCUGGGCCUCCAGGACCUCCUGGAUUAAAUUUCCGAGCCAGUGGUAUUAGUCCGCCUAUUGGAGCCCAAGAUGCCCCGAUUGAUGCCCCCAAAGAAGAUGAUUUGCCCCUGCCUUGGACUCUGCUAGAGAUGAUUGAAAGCCUUCAAGAACAGGUAGAUAAAUUAGACGCCAGAGUCUCUCUCAUCGAGGACCUACUGCCAAAGUUUUUAAAAGAAAUAAGAGAGCAUCCAACUGGUAUUCGCACUGAUCGUUAUCCAUUGGAAGAUAUUCCACCAGAACCAGGAAUAUACCCUUACCCGCAAACCUUGGCUUCUCGCAGGGGUAUACCCGGAAGCCCGGACUUCCCUCACGUGGACACAGGCGUGGAUGUAGUCAACAGCGUCAUCAGAGGAGAUGUUGUUGAUCCUUACAGGCACAUGUUGGGAGAUGAGAAGGAUUCCUCCGACUCCAGCGAUGGCGGUAAAGAAAAGCCUCCUGGUGUGACAGCUGGCUAGUUUUGGUCAUUACUGAACCUUCGUAACGUCCUACAUCUCAUUUAAUAGAUGUAUGUUUUAAACUUUCCCUGGGUUGUUUUAUCUUGAUUUAUAGUAGAUAAUGUUACUGAUAAUUUCACCACUAAAAUAUUAAUUUGUUUUAUAACCAUUUCUAUACUAUUACCUAUUACAAAGAACCACUCCUCAAAAAACAAACACAUUUAUUUGCUAGAAUUAAAUUAGCAGAUAUGAUUUUGUAUAUCAAAUAUGUCAUUCUUUGAUUAUAUAAAUCUUUCAUAGCUUUAUAAUUCAGUGUUACUAUUAAACAGGAUAAGCUUCUUUUGGGAGUACGCAUGCGUAGGAUACCUUGAUAAAGUGAUUUUUUUAAGGCUACAAUAGUGUUUUAUCACUCAGUACCUAUUUUAUCAAACGUGUCACUGCUGGCAAAGAAUACUGUCUAUGUAUUUUUAACAAGGUUCUACUUUUGUAUUUCACUCGUCGUUCCAAUAAAAAAUUUGUCAGCA